UGCCAUCUCGCGAUUGCGGCGACUGGACGAGGUUCAUGAUGGCGGCGGCGCAGAGCCGUGCCGUGGACUGGAGCUUCGAUGGAUCUGGGAUCUAUGAUGAUGAUGAACGUUGGCUGGUCAGUAUGUUUUCCGAAGGCCGAGAAGCUGUGCAAAGAACAAUUGGACAUUCAGACAUCACUCAUUGGAAGCUAGUCUGUUUGGUGUGUUCUGUUGGUUACAAUAUCAAUGAUUUCAUAUAUUACGUGAAAGAGGAAGGGAGAGGAUUGGCUGGGUUGGAGGUUCUGGACAGCAAUGAGAAGGUUACAUCAAUGAUGAUUCAGUACAAGGAUAUUAAGAGAUUAAAUCUGACAAUCAUGAGAGGAUUCAACCCAGCAUCCACACAAACAGAUUUCAUAGAGCCUGCAACUCAAGAAAGUGUUAACCAGCUGAACCAAGCUAGCAAGUCAAAGAUGGAGAAGGGAAAAUCAAAUGCAUAUGAGAAAGAAGAAGAGGUAGCUGAUAAAGGAGGUACAGUGCAAGAUUUUGAUGAAGAAGAUUUGUCCAAUAUUGCACAAUUAAAGAGGCAGAAGGAAGACCCCAAUGAGCACAUGGAGGGUGACACAGAUGUUGAGGAUAUUUUCCCCAUGGUAUAUGAGGCACCCAUUAUCACAAACGAAGAUGAGAUAAUUGGUUCUAGCAAUCCUACAAAGAAGAAAGUUCUUGCAGCCAGAGGGGAGAAAAGGAAAAACAUGGCCCGUAGACAGGCAACACUUCUCAGAUCACAAGCUAAGGCUGGAGGAGGAACAAGUUCAAUAGUAUUUGAGCUCUCAGAUGAAGGCAGUGAGGAUCUUGGAGUGGAUAUCAUAUCUAGUGAUGAUGAUGGCUUCGAAACCCCCAUUUCCAUUGCACCUAAAUAUCAGAAAAGUAGAGCGAAGCCAUUACCACCUAGAGUUUGGUAUGACGAAGGAAGGUUGCUUGGUGCUUCAACUAUAAAGAGGGAAAAAACAGUGUGCAUUAGGAAGAUAGUACUGCCUCACACUUGUGGUAUUACAUAUGAUAGUUCUAGAGUGAGAAGCACAUGGUUGAGUAAGAGGUAUGAGAGCACAUUUAGAGGUGAUCCAGGUUGGAAGAUAAGUGCACUCAUAGACACUACUAUUAGAGAUCAUGGUGUAGAGAUCACUCCAAUGAUGGCAUAUAGGGCAAAGAACAAGGCAGCAAACAUAGUGUUGGGAAAUCACAAAGAGCAGUAUGUGAGGAUCAGAGACUAUCUUCAGACGGUAAUUGACACUAAUCCAGGGAGUAGAUGCAUUGUUAGUACUGUCCAACAACCUCCACCUGCAGUUAACCCUAGGUUCCAUGGCCUAUUUUUCUGUUUAAGUGCCGCUAAAGAGGGGUUUCUAAAUGGAUGUAGACCGUUCAUUGGUGUUGAUGGAUGCUUUGUUAAGUUGACAACGGGGGCUCAAGUGUUGGCUGCCUCGGGAAGGGAUGGUAACAAUAACUUGUUCCCAAUUGCAUUUGGAGUUGUAGGAAAAGAAGAUACUGCAUCAUGGUGUUGGUUUCUAGAACAACUCAAGUAUGCUCUUGGUGGUGAUUCAGGGCCGUUUGGAAGGUUUACUUUCAUGUCCGAUAGGCAAAAGGGCCUUCUCAAUGCCAUAGACAAGGUUUUUCCUCAUUGCGAUCAGAGGUUUUGUCUAAGACAUAUAUAUGCAAACUUUCAAACAGCUGGAUUUAAGGGCGCUGAUCUGAAGAAAAUCAUGGAUUCUGCUGCAUAUGCUUACCAAAAAUCUGACUUUGAUGCUGCCAUGAGUGAUUUGAAAGCUGAGAGCGAGAGUGCAUGGGAGUGGCUAUCAAAAAUUCCACCUAGGCAUUGGGCUAGGCAUGCAAUGGACAGUGUUUGCAAGACAGAUUUGGUUGUCAACAAUUUAAGUGAAGUUUUCAACAAAUAUAUCUUGGAUACAAGGGAUAAGCCAAUUCAAACCAUGAUAGACAACAUUAGGACAAAGCUCAUGUCUAGAUUCAACACCAAUAGGGAGGGGGCUGAUAGUUCAAAUUGGGAGAUUACACCUAAUUAUGCAGAGAAACUUGAACUUGAGAAGGCCAGAGGAAAACAUAUUAGGCCAGUGGCUGCAGGUAUGGGGUUAUGGCAGGUUCCAUCAGGGGAGAAAAUUUAUGCUGUUAAUUUAUUUGCAAAGACUUGCGGGUGCAGAAGAUGGGAUUUGAAUGGUGUGCCAUGCAAGCACGCAGUUGCAUGCAUCUAUAAAAAGAAGGAGCACCCCGAAGAUUAUUUAAGUGAUUUCUUCAAAAAGCCACUCUACCAGAUUGCCUACAAGAAUAUCAUUUUUCCUGUACCUUCAAAGGAGAACUGGACAAAGACUAACUCACCUGACAUUGAUCCACCAAUAUUCUUAAGGCACCCUGGAAGACCAAAGAAAAAUAGGAGAAAAGGUGUUCAUGAGGUUCCGCAACCAGGUGGGAGGCAUAGGAUGACAACAACUACAUGUUCUAACUGUCGUAGACCCGGUCACAAAUAUACAAAUUGUUCCGAGCCUUUGAGAGCAGACUUGGAGAUAAGAAAGAGCAAACACAAGAGUAACCGGAAAGCACAAGACUAUGCAACCGAAGCACAAGACAAUGUAGCAGAAGCACAUGUUGACGAAGAACAACGACAAGGAUCACCUUCUAGAGUAAUCAGAGUUAGAGGAAGAGGUAAAAAGAGAGGAAUAUCAUCUUUUGUUGAGGAGGAGCAACAACCGGAUCGAAAUGAUGUACCAACACUUCCAGUUACAGAUAAGCUACCAGUGAUCAGAGGGCCGGGUUCCGCAGGAGGGGAGAAUCAUGAAGUAUCUCACAGCUAG